AUGAUUGACGUGGAACACGUAUCUCCUGUUUUAGCCGAUAUACCACCACAGAUGGGGCCCUAUAGGGCAAAUGUUCAGCCGGGGUUGCGGGUUAAGCGCAAUGAGUCACCGCGACCUCGGCCCAGAGUAGAAUCUGAGGCUAAAGCUUUCUUCCAAUUACUUGAGAGUUCAAUGUUGGCUAAUCUCGAGGAAGAGGAUCACAAAUCUAAGUUCAAAAGCAGUUUUAUGGAUAUUCUGAAACUGCCAAUUCAGUUAGCCAAGGAUAGAGAUUGCAAAUAUUCUAUCGUACAACAAGGCGAUGCUUGGACAAACAAUAUUAUGUUUAAGUUUUCGGAGGAAAAGUUAGAACAGUCAGUAAUGAUUGACUACCAAGGAUCCAAAAUCAGCAAUCCAGUAGGUGACAUCCUCUACAUGAUCUUCAACUGCACCGACCACGAAACCCGGUCCAAGUACUACUACGACUGGAUAGACUAUUACCAUACUGAGUUAGAGAGAUGCCUAUCUCAUUAUAACUUGAAAGUCAACUAUAUCUACCCAAGAGAUCGUUUGGACGCAGACUUAAGAAGAUAUGGCAGAAUUUCAUUCGGCCUAUCUGCAAUGUUGACCUAUGUUUUAAUGAGAGAUACAAAAGAAGCUGGAGAAAUGUUAGAAUCAUUUAAGAGUGGUGAUCCAAAUGAUGUACUAGAAUUGAUGGGAACUCAAACUUUACAAGAGGAAACUGUUCUUCGUACUAGAAAAAGGAUAAAGGGUGCCUUGCGUGAAUCAGUGAUGAUUGACUAUCAAGCUUCAACGAGCCAUAACCCAGUGACCGAUGUUCUCUUCCUGAUUUUCAUCUGCAGCGACCACGAAGCUAGGUCUAAGAACUUCUACGACUGGAUAGACUACUACCACUCAGAAUUAGACAAAUCGCUAUCCAAUUUCGGCCUCAAAGCUAACUACACAUACUCAAGAGAUCAGUUAGAUGCUGACAUAAAGAGAUUUGGAAAAAUAUUCAAAAUGCUUAUAAAAGUGAACUCAUUGAUACUCGACGACGACAAUCAAAAAGAGAUUUUGAAAAAUAUGCUGACUGAUGUAGAUAAGGAAAUAGAAGAGUUAUUAAAGGACAAAUAUAGUAAAUAUUCCGUCAUUCAACAAGGCGAUGCUUGGACGAAUAAUUUUAUGUUCAAGUUUGAGGAGGGUGAGUUGCGUGAGUCUGUAAUGAUUGAUUACCAAGCUUCAGCAAGUACAAGUCCUGCUUCCGAUCUUCUGUUCAUGUUCUUCAAUUGCACUGAACAUGAGACUCGGUCCAAGAAUUUCAUCACUUGGAUAGACUAUUACUACUCAGAAUUGGAUAAUUCCUUAUCAUAUUUUGAUCUUAAAGCCGAAGAUAUCUACCCAAGAGAACAACUGGAUGCUGAUAUUAAGAGAUAUGCCAAAAUAUCAUUUGCUAUAAUCAUUCUUUUUACUAAUAUUCUAAUGAGGGAUGCAGGCGAUGCGUGGACAAACAAUAUCAUGUUUAAAAUUGGGGAAGACAAAGUGCAAACAGUCAUGAUCGAUUUCCAAGGAUCGAAGAACAACAACCCAGUAGCUGAUCUUCUCUAUGCUAUUUUCAACUGCACCGACCAUGAAACUAGAGCCAAACACUUCUUCGAUUGGAUAGACUACUACCACGUGGAAUUGGAAAAUUCUUUAUCUAACUUUGGUCUAAAAGCCAACUACAUUUACUCAAAGGAUCAACUAGACGCUGACAUUAAGAGAUACGGCAAGCUAAUGUUUGGAGUGUCAGUGAUGUUGGCUAAUCUUUUAAUGAGGGAUACUAAUGAAGCAUCAGAAAUAAUGGAAGCUAUGAAGACUACAGCUGAUAUGAAGGAAUUGAUGGAGUCCAUGGGUAGCCAACUAUCGGAGGACGCUCUUACUGAUGAAUCCUCGGUUAUUCAACAAGGUGAUGCGUGGACGAAUAAUAUAAUGUUCAAAUUUGAGGAACAAAAGCUGAAGGAAUCAAUUAUGAUUGAUUACCAAGCAUCGAAGAACAAUAAUCCUGUUAUGGAUCUCCUCUUCAUGAUCUUUAAUUGCACCGACCACGAGACGAGAAAUACGGAAGAAGCUGCAGAGAUGAUGGAAAGCCUUAACAAUGGUAAAAUGGAAGAUGCUAUAGAAGCAAUGGCAAAUAUUGAAUUGCCUAAAGACACUGCUGCUCGUGCUAAAAAGCGAAUUGCUACAAAGGACUGGGAUAAUCUGUAUUCCAUCAUUCAACAAGGCGAUGCUUGGACCAACAAUAUUAUGUUCAAGUUCAAUGGCGAUGAAUUAGAAGAAUCAAUAAUGAUUGACUACCAACUAUCGAAGGUCAGCAAUCCAGUCAUCGACUUUCUCUACAUGACCUUGAACUGCACCGACCACGAGACCAGAACUAAGAACUUCUACAACUGGUUGAACUACUACUAUUCCGAGUUAGACAAAUCUUUGUCAUAUUUCGGUCUAAAAACAGCUCUGGUGUAUCCAAGAGAACAGUUGGAUGCUGACAUCAAAGUCUAUAUCAAAUUACUCUUUUCGUUGUCUUUGGUAUUAGCAAAUCUUCUGAUGAGAGACGCAAAUGAAGCUGUAAAAGUUAAAGAAGCUAUGGUAGACAAUGGCUUAGAAGGAGUCACUACAUCAAUGGUGAAUCAAGCUGUUCAGACUGAUACGUUGCUUCGAACUAGAAAGAGAAUUCAGGAUCUUAUUAACAGUUUAAAUGAACUUGGUUUACUGGAAAAUGGGGAAUGA